AUAAAAUGAACAUAAAUCCGGGUGGGCAAAUAGGGUCUUUUUUGAAAGGCAAGUCUUAGAGGUCUCUAAAUUAUUUUCUUUUUCUCUUUUCUUUCAGGAGUCUGAAAAGCAGAAUUUGAAAAUCUGGUUUUGUUAUGGUACUAGAUCUCUGGAACUGAAGUUAAAAUUUUCCUCCAGUACCUGUUCUCUCUCAUUCUUCUAACAUCAGAGGAGAAAAUUCCCUUAUUGAAUCAACCAGAGGGUUACUGAGGGUAGCCCUACAAGCUUCAGCUCUGGAUAGUUAGGAAAAGAGAGACCUUAGUUUAAAAAAAAUGCUUAUGAAUAUUCUCUGGUUCUAAAUUCCAGUGAAAUUACAACCACUUGACAAGUUUGUGAGGAACCAGUAGUAUGGAUCCGAAUUUUAUUCUUCUUUCUUCUAAAUCUCAGACAUAUUCUUACAUAGGAGAAUCUAUGGAAGAAGGAAGCAGCCCAUCUUCCAGAGUAAGUGGACAUGAUUCAUCCAUUCCCUGGGACCAAAUCACUAUUUCUAACUCUGUUGAUUCUGACUGGUUUUGUGAUGAACAAAUACAAGCUAAAAGGGCCAGAGUAGAAACAAUCAUACAAGGCAUGUCUCUCUCACCGAACCCAAUGAUGCCCUUGAGCAAUCCCAGGGAAAAAGAGAGCAGGCACCCCAUAGAAAAUAGUAGGGAGAACAAAAGGAAACAAAAGCUUCCUCAGCAGCAGAGUCCCCAGGGGGAAGGGUGGUCACGGGACAGUAGAGGAAAUUGGAAGGGAGAAGGUCACCAUUUUAAGGAACAACUUCAGAUGCUACAGCAACAGCUAAGACAUUUUCAAGAGAGACUCUACCAGCUUUCUGAACAUAAUGUCUUAGCUCAAACCCAGAAAGAUACUGAAAGGAAAAAGAAUUUUCUAAAACAUAGCAAUGACCCAAACCAUGACCAUUGGGCUUUAGGCACUGACCAGUACAAGCAUCUCAAAAGGAACUACACCAAAGAAGAGAAACCUAAAGUUUCUGAAGAGGAAAACCAAUCUAGGACUCCCUGGUUAAUAACUUAUGAAGAGAAAACUCUAUCAGAGAUAUUAAAGAAAGAAUUAACUGGGGCUGUGUCACAAGUUGUGGAUUCAGUCUUAAGAAAAGUAUUAUCCAAACCAUCAGGCAACCAGAUUCAACAGGAAACCGAUGUCCAAGUGUCAGGCCAAGACAGAAAAAAUAUAUAUUCUACUGCUACAGGGAACACAAGGAAAGAUUUGCUUACUAUGGAAGCCUCCCAGAAUAGGUCACAAUCACAAACUGAGGCUCAAAUGAGUGCUUUGCCUUUAUCCAUGAAGAAAUGCUCAGAUUCUCUUGGGGACCCAGCCAAUUCAAGAAUGACGCAGAAACCCUACCAGGUUCCUCACGUAACCUUGGCUAUGACUUCUCAAAUCCCAGAAAAACAGAUUCUUAGCCAGCUGUUAGGGUAUGGACAAAAUAGCCACUGGAGUUAUAGCCCUUCCCAGAUCUCUUCCUCUCAAGAUACUUCCUCCCCACCAUCUUUAGACAUGCCUUGGAGUACUUUUAAAUUUCAGCCAUUAGGCAUGAGCCAACGGCCAUACCCAGUGCCCUUCACCUCUAGCCAAGUAGAAAAUCUGGCUCUUCCAACAUUGAAGAUGGAACAUGGAAAACUGAAGACUGACUCAGAUGCAAUUCCUUUCUCUUCUGUCCACAUAUCCUUUACUGGUUACUGAGACUGUCCUGCCACUAUUCAAAUAAUUGAGGGAAGCCCCAGUGAUAUUGGGAUAUGGAUAAAAGUUAAGGCUUCUUCUCUCCCAUUGUUUUUCUUAUACCUUUUCUUCCAUUCCAAUCUUUAUAGCAACCCAAAGCUUUUCACUGCAUUCAAAGACUAGCUUUGCAAAGAGUUAGCAAUUACCUAUAGUGCUAUUUCAUGAACAGCACGAAGUCUUCUUGCCAAAAUGAUUGUCCCCACCUCUUGUCAUGGCAUCUGCUAUUUGGCCAUUAGAAAUUAAAUUUCUUGGGUCUUGAAGGAUUUUCUUGCUCCAAGUAUUCCAUUAAUACCAAGAAAGAUAUCUUUAGGUCAUUUAUCGGCUAAUGCCUUGAUAUUUUUAUCCAAUGCUUCCUAUCCUGAUGGUUGUGAAUAAAAAAAUACAAGGUAAAAGUGCUAGAAUAAAAACUAUCAUGCAUGGUAAGAUGGAGACAGUGUUAGAACCUGUUCAUGGGGAAAUAGACCCUGAUAGAACUAAAGAGGCAACAUAGUGUCAGAAGUGGUACAGGGCAGUCAUGAAGGAAGUAAGCAAAUAUUCAGGCUAAUUUUGUCUGUAGUCAAAUCUGAUUACAUUUCUCAUUGCAAUAGCCACACAUAUGAUAAAUUAUCAUUAUUAGUCACAUUUUACAGAAAGAAGAAAUGACUUACCCAGAAUAAGAUUGGAGCAAAGGCAAAAGUAGAAGCUAUAUUUCUGAAAUUUCUGUUUACCCUGUUGUUCCCAGAGAUUUUUCCAGGUGUAAAUUGGUUGAGCUCACCAAAGCUUUAAGUAGCAUGAUACUGCUGCCUUACAAGGUAUCAUAUAAAAGGGCAGACGUGGGUGUGAUUUGGGAUGACUCACCUGGGUGCUGGUCCUAGAUAAAAGGAGUAC